AAUCCCAGGACCCUGGGAGAAUGACCUGAGCUGAAGGCAGACGCUUAACUGACUGAGCUACCUGGGCACCCCUCAUGCCUACCUUCUGAGUUAUCCCCUUCUGGAAGUUUCCUUUUCUGUCCUGUCCCUCAGCCUGUCAGUAUGAGCCUCUCUCCCUGUCUCAACAGAGUCUGAGCCUCCGUCUCUGGUUUUCCCUUUGCUGUUCUCUACGCAGCUUUCCUCCCUCUGAUCCAAUGGCUCCAGGGUCCGUGAUGUGCUCCCUGCCCUGCGCCCCAAGCCCAGGCUUGGCUGGGCUCUUUCAGAAGGGGGGAGUCAGCCCAGACAGCAGUGUGGCAUAGGGAGAAAGGCAGAGGAGAGCCAAAGGGUGGGCAUCCGGGGUAGGAGGUGGCGAAGAGGAAGAGUAAGGGUAAGGGAAGAGCAGGGUAAGGGAAACAUGCAUGUGUGGAGAAAGGGGUGAGGAGGGAGGGUCCUCGGCUGAACCUGCAGGCUUGGCAUAGCCAUCCUGAGGGCUGGAAGGCCCCCACUCAGAAGGGGGCGCCAAGGACUGUCGGUGUCCCCUUGAGACCCUGAAAGGCCCUCUCCCCAAACUGCCUCGGAUGGAGGGGUAAGCAGUGGAACUUCCUACCUUCUGUGAUACUAUCUGGAAAGCGGGGCCGGGGAUAACCCACGUGGUGUUUAUGGUGUCAAGGCGAUCUGCAAAUGAAUCCCGCUCCAAAGGUGAGGCAAGGUGGCCACUGAGCAGCCCCCACAGGACCCCUCCAGCUCCCAACAGUAGGGAGCACCCACUCCCAACUCCCCCCACCUCUCCCCACUUUAAACCUAUUUCUGAGCCGUUGCUCAAAACUAUAGUCAAGUCCAACACCUCAACGAUCCCAAUGGCCAAGCUUGUCCUCAAGGUCAAAACCACCCCACCCACCCUCAUUGUCUACACGAGCACCACAAAGGGCAUCAACCCCCACCCCCACCAUCACCACAAUACCUUGACAUUGGCCAUGAGGAUGCGUCUGUCUUCUCUGCCUGCCCCAAACACAGAAUCAGUCUCCACCUGGAGCACAAACACUACCCCUACAUCCACCUUGAUUACUACACUCCCUACAAUCCAUGACACAUCCACCCCUAUAUCUCCCACGAGUCCUGGCACCAUGGCCACCACUGAAAUCACCACUCCCCCCAAUGUUUCAACCACUGUCACCCUGAACACAGCCUCUCUGCCCCCUUUCUCCACUCCAGAAACUACCACCAUGAUUGUGGUAACAACACCCACGGCCGCAAUGCCACACAACUUAUCAUCCAGUGUCAUUACAACCUCGACCACAAUGCCUGCUGUGGCACCCAUGCUCCCAAGUACCCACAUCACGCCACAUCCUACCCUUGCCACCAACACUCCAGUUACAUCUGUAGGCUCCUUCCAUGUCUUCCAGCAGUACUGGGACCACAUAGACAGCCAAUACCACCUCAUAUGCAACAGGCACAAAUACGCGGCCCACAAAUGCUGA